AUGUUUGAGGCGUUGAGCAGUACCUAUCUGGAAAGUUCUGGUAGGCGUACCAGUCGACCAACACGACCAAGGUAUCAGUUUAUGCGCGAUGUCACAGAUACCCAGCUGUUAACCUUCAGGAAAUUUAGUUUAGCCUACUUAUCACUUACCAAACAAUGGGAUGCAAGUCGAGGCAGACAGGCCCCUUUGCGCUGUAACCUGGAUUCUGAUUGGCCCGUUCUUGAUCUGUAUUGCAUCGUGGUCGGCUCGUCGAUGGGAGACUUUCGCCUGCAGACAAGCCUCCACGCGAAAACAGCUACGUUUUCUCCACGAGUGCUUGCGAAGUCACAUUCUACCACGUAG